ACAUGCUGUAUUAUUUGCUGUCUCAACUAAACGCUGCAAACGACUAGUAUGACCACGUGACGUCUAUUUAUAGAAUAAGACAAAAACGAACAACGGAUCCUAGGCCUCCUCUGGCCACGCUAUAUUUCCGUGACGUCACAACAUGGAUUAAGAAAGCCAGCUACCCUGUGCAGUGCCAUUUCAAUCUUCUUCCAAAAUGAUGCCUUCCAGAAGCCCUAAAGUGUUUUUCACAUUCCUGGUUUUGAGUUCUGUGUGUAUUCUCUGGAUUGUCUCAAGUUCCUGGAAUGAUGGCCACAUCUGGUUUCAGCCGCAGCAGACGCGAGGUUCUGACCCAGAUAUGGAACAGGCUACACUCCAGGCCACGGCGGGACGUCCAGCCUCCACGGACAACUACUCACCAGUGGUCAGCGCUGAGGUUCAGAGGUCACCUGACCUGUCGAGUCAGGAAGAAAACGUGUUCACAUAUCCCUCCGCUGAGGUGGAGAAUUUGUUCAUGAGAGUGACGGCCAGAAAUAAUUGUGGGUCAGUUUUGAGCCUGAACGAAUCUGGGUGGCGCUCCAAUGAUGUACUUCGACUGAAAACAGCGGAGAUUGACUACCAACGAAUGAACCAACUCUUAGAGUGA